AAAAGUGAAUCAGGAUGUCACGGGAACACUAUAUCUAUACACUGUAAUUUAAAUGCACUAAAAGUGGUAGCGUGGAAAUACCCGUGUCGUAAAAUGUUACUGUUAAUUUGCGUCAUUCUUUAGAACAAUUGGGACAUUCCCUUUGCAAAAUCAAUCAGCGGUUAGGAAAGACUCUUCAGUUCCUACUAAAUCUUAAUUCUUAAUCUUACCAAGACACUUGGUAUGCAUCCACACUCUGUGAGCAGUUUGGGGAAGGCCCUUUUCUGUUCCAAGGUCCUUAACGGCAUGCGUGGAGCAGUUUGGUGUGGAUGAGUGGACUAAAAUUCGCACUCCAACGUCUUGCACAAAAUUUUCCAAAAAGAGUGGAACCUGCUACAGCUGCAAAGGAGGGAUGCAAUUCCAUAUUUACUUCGAUUUGUCUUGUCCCGUCCCAAUACUUUGUUGAUUGGUAGCGCCGACACUAUUUUCCCAAAGAGUAAACGGCUGAGCUGAUUGAGCAUAGUAUUCACCAGCAAAUAGAGAAUGAAAACAAAGGAAAUCUAGCCAUCUCUCCAUUUUCUACAGUGCUUGUCCUCAAAGUCGCAGCUGAGCUGGAGCUUAUGUAUAAGUGCCGAUUCCGUACUCCGAUUCGACAAAAUGAUCGGCACCAGUAUCGUAUCUUCCCCCCCCCCCACACACACACAAAAGGGCUAGAAAUGCCCAUGGUGCUGAUACUGUAUGGCUGUACUCGUACUCGAAACACACACCGAUAUCGCCGACUGCGAUGCCUGAAGUUUAUAUUCUAACACUAUAGACGACACUUUCGUUCUACCGUUAGUCUCAAUUUGAAGAGUAACACAUCUUUUGUGUGCGUGCAGCCUUGUCAAGUGGUUGCGUACGCACACGUGUGAGCAGCAGUCAGCCAGCCAAGCUCCACUCUGGGCCGCUGAUCCAGCUGCUCGGCUCAUCUGUCAGUGUGAUGAUUAACAUUAUUUGUAGUUUUCCCUCCUGACGUGAAGCUGCUGCCGCUGCUGCUUGUGUCCACGCUGAGCCAGGAACAUUUCAGGGAGGCUGGUGUGGGGGAGUUUUUUUUUUUCUCUCUCUCUCUCUCUCUCUCUUUCCCCUUCUUCCCUUCCCCUCCUCUGAUCCUGAGGGGUCCUUUCUCUAUAUAAGGCUCACGGAGCUGCUCCGACUGUAGACACACAUCCUGCGUGCAGACAGCUCGCAGCGGCUCCUCACACGGGAAUACAAGACAACCCUCAAGCAAGUGAAUACUGAAAGAAGACAAGCAGAGGUUGUGUAAGGACCAGCUCCCCUCACAUAUAAAAACCACAUUACUGGGUUCAAUCCUCUGGGUGUCAACAAUGGCCUUCGUCACUCUCCUCUCCCUCCUGCUGCUCUCCUGGCUCGGAAGCUCGGUGUCUCUCUUCCUGCCCGAUUCCCAGGAGCUCAGGCAGCUGUUGAGUCGCUACGAGGACGAAGACGCGGGUCACAACAACACCGGCCAAGAUGGAAGCGGCGGCAGGAGCAGACGUGCCAUCCGCUGGUCAGACCGGGAGGAGAUCCUCCAGCUGCACAACAAGCUGAGGGGCUCUGUGUACCCCAGUGCGGCCGACAUGGAGUACAUGGUGUGGGAUGACGAGCUGGAGAGGUCUGCCACUCACUGGGCCGAGGUGUGCCAGUGGGAUCACGGACCUCAGGACCUGCUCAUGUCCAUCGGGCAGAACCUGGCAGUUCACUGGGGCAGAUACCGUUCGCCCGCCUUCCACGUUCAGUCCUGGUACGACGAGGUGAAAGACUACAGCUAUCCCUACCCUCACGAGUGCAACCCCUGGUGUCCCGAGCGCUGCUCCGGGCCCAUGUGCACCCACUACACCCAGGUGGUUUGGGCCACCACGAGCAGAGUUGGCUGCGCAGUGCAUGUGUGUCCGAGGAUGAACGUGUGGGGGGAAGCAUGGGAGAACGCCGUCUACCUCGUGUGCAACUAUUCCCCAAAGGGCAACUGGAUCGGGGAGGCUCCGUACAAAAAUGGUCGCCCUUGUUCCCAGUGCCCUCCCAGCUAUGGCGGAGGAUGCAGAAAUAAUUUGUGCUUCAAAGACUCCCAGCGCGCCGAAACGGAGGAUAUGAAUGAGGUGGAGAAGCCUCAGGUACCCGUCGUGCCGCGAACAACUGCUAAACCCGCACCCAAACCCUCCCCUCCGAGGAGACCGGUGUCCAGGCCGUCCACGCCAAGCAGCCCAUCCUCAAGGAAUCCUAGCAACAGCUACCUAGCUCAGAGCAUCAAGUGUGAGACCAGACUGCGUGACAAGUGCAGAGGAGUAACCUGCAACAGAUAUAAGUGUCCCUCUAACUGCAUGAAUAGGAAAGGAAAGGUUUGGGGAACACUCUACUAUGACGUGCAAUCGAGUAUUUGCCGUGCUGCCAUUCACUUUGGCGCAAUCGACAACAAUGGAGGACUUGUAGACAUCACACGGAUGGAAGCAAAGGUUCCCUUCUUUGUCAAAGCCACGAAAAAUUCUAUCGAGUCUUUCAGUAAAUAUAAGCCAGGAAAUUCCUUUAUGAUGGCCAAAGUACAAGAAUCCAAUAUUGACUGCUACACUACUGUGGCUGAAAUCUGCCCAUUCAAAAAGCCCCUCUCACAUUGUCCAAGAGUCUUCUGUCCUUCUGACUGCAAGAGUCAACCCUCUUAUUGGUCACCUGUGAUUGGCAACAGCAUCUACACAGAUAACUCCAGUAUUUGCAAGGCGGCCAUCCAUGCAGGGGUGAUCCCACCAGACGGGGGCUUUGUGGACGUCCUGCCUCUGGACAAGAGAAAGAAUUAUGUUGGUGUGCUGAAAAAUGGAAUCCAGUCUGAAAGCAAGAGCAACACAGAGGGAGGCUCCUUCCGCGUCUUUACCGUGAGGGAGUGAGGCGUCUGGCAACGUACCCUAAAGUCACCUCAGCUGCUCUUGAGGAGCAGGAAGUGCUUAUAGGUUUGACACCACGACCAUUCACGUCCCUUCGGCGGAAGCGGAGUGUCCCCAGACAGUCAUGGACUCUUUCCCCCUUUAAGUAAAUCAAGGAAAUCGUCACUUUUCCCCACUUAGAGAAAUCUUUUAGAAAGGCUUCACGUGUGAGUGUUGUAAAUUAUGAUGCAUUGACCAGCUGGUGCUGGGUCUAUGGAAGUGUUUAUGUUUACAUUGGUGUUGUUAUUAAUAUUUUUUUUCAUACACAGGAAUGUAUACUGAUCACACUUUAUUUAAUCAGCGUGUACAUAAUAUAUUUCAAAGAAGUACCAUAUUAACAUUUUUACAUUUUUUUUUUAUUGUCUCCUUUUGCUAUACUUCCCCACUCCUGCUCAUAGCUUGUUGCUGUUGGGCCUGAAGAAUGUUGGCAAUAUUCGUGGUUACAUUUCAUGGCAAUGCGUCUGCAUUUACUUCUUUCUUUAUUUCCAAUGAAAAUAAUGUUUGCCUCUCCUACCCCACCCAAGACAGAUGAAUGUGUCACAUUUCAUUUACAGAAGCAUUUUAUAUGUUGACAUGUGGGCCAUAAUUGGAAGUGUGGAAAGCUUAAUGUUCAUAAUCAAAAUCAAAGUCAUCGGUUUAGACACUUUGGUAAUAUUCUACACUUCACUGCAUUUCAUGUGAGAAAUGUGUCCAAAUGGACAAAAAUAUGACAAAACCGCAAACCAGGCUAAUGGGCCUUUAAGACGAGUAAAUAUUGUUCAAUAAUAUUAAUGUACGGCCACUAAGAAAAUCUCUUCAGUGUAUUUCUUUAUUCUACCUCAAUCCUAUCGCUAUCCUUGGCUGUCCAGUCUUAAACAUACCGCAAUUGUAAUGGGAAGUAUAUGAUUGGUUUUGUAAAGUUAUGGGAAUUGUAAAUAAUGGUAUUAUUAUUUUUUUGCAGCAGCAAAGUCAUGAAAAGAAUGUGUGACUAUGUUUCAAUACUCUCGGUUGACUUGUUUUUAUACAGGCAUGUAUACUGUAAAUGGUUUUGAUAUUUUUUUGCACAAUUUGAAAAUAAAAUGGAAUUUGAAACUG